AUGGAGAAGGCAUCGUCAAGAGUGAUAGAAGUUACAGUGAUUACUGGUGAAGAUUUGCGGGUUAACAGGAGAAACCCAGUGAAGAAAAAUGCCUUUGUGAUCGUAAGAUCGGACCCAUUAAAUGCUAAAUCCACAGGGAUGAAUACAGAUGGCGGAUGCAAUCCCAUAUGGAACGAGAAGUUGGUCAUGGAUUUGCCUAUGCAUGCAAAUUUUAUUACCGUGGAAGUUCAUUCAGGUAGCAAAAUCAUUGGGAUAGCAAGAAUUCCGUUGUCGGACUUUAUGGGAGGGUAUUUACCGGCAAACUAUUUGAGUUUUCUGAGUUAUAGGCUGAGGGAUGACAACGGUGAGAAGAAUGGGAUUAUUAAUCUGGCUGUGAAAGUGAGUGGGCAGACAAAUAUGAGCUGCGCCGCCAGUUGUUCGAGGCCGUGGUUUGGUGGUCCGAUGAACGAGAAGGUUUCUAAUGGGACAGUAACCGGAAUUCCAGUUUCUUACGGAAUUUGA